AUGCAGAGAAUCAUCAAGCGCACGGUGCAGGCCGAGAAGCAGGUCGCCCGGCGCAUGAAGAAGCGUGCCCGCGGCGAGGGCGGUGCUGAAAAGGCCCAGCGCUUCAGGGACCAGAAGAACAUGCUCACGGAGCUGAACCAGGACAUCAAGGCGGCCCGUCUCGCCCGUCAAGAGAAAUGGGAUCUCGGCCCCUUGGCCCCGCGCCGCGAUAUGUUCGAGACCUACGGAGCCCUCCAGACGAAUCGCCAGGGCCGUUCGACUCCGCUCAAGCCCGACGAGAUUGAGGCACGGUGUGAAUGGGCCGGAGGAGUAGAGUACCUCAACCUCGCCGUUAAGGACCGCGUGGUACUUCUCGAGGGCCCAGAAAAGGGCAAGAUUGACCGUAUUGCGAGUAUCAACCUCGAGUACGGCACCGUUCAGUUGGAGGAGAUUGGAAAGGUCACCGUCCACGUCCCCGAAUCAUUCCAGAACCUCCUCGACGCCCCCACAACACAAAACGCAGCCAUGAACAUACCCAUCUCCGCUAUCCGUCUCGUCCACCCCAUCGUCGACCCUGCAACCGGCGUAGCCCGCGACGUCGUCGUCCGCCAGCUCGCCCGCGGGCCCGUAAAGUGGUCCCGCACCACCGGCUGGCGCGCCUGGACCCGCUACAUCCCCGGCGCCAACAUCGCCAUCCCCUGGCCCGAACGCGAGGCCGAGGUCCGCGAGGACCAGCCCGGCGACACCCUCCGCCUCGACGCCGAAGCCGCCACCUUUGUGCCCACGCUCCUCUCCCCGCCCAUGCCGGGUUCCGUCAUCGACGAGCUCCGCAACAAGUACUCCCGCUUCCGUACCCGCCACGAGGACGAAUACAUUAUGCGCAAGGAGGCCGAGGAGGCCGAGAAGAAGGCCCUCAAGAAGGCGUCGGCCGACGCGCUAGCCUCUAUGCGCACGCCACUGCAGGAGCUCAACCGCGAGCUGCGCGAUGCCCGUCGCGCGCGCGGCAAGCCCGAGUUGUCGUCGGAUAUGCUUGAGAGGAUUGGUGAGAUUAUGGCGAGGAACAAGGCUGUUCAAGGGGACACUUCAGCGUGGAACGUGCCUACGCCCAAGUUGUUUGAGUCCAAGACGGCGGCGGCGGCGGCAGAAGUACCAAAGGAGACUGAGAGUCAUCCUCCACCUCAAUAA